CGGCAAAGAUGUACGAAGACGCGGCCGAGAAGUCCAUGACGGCGAUGACACGCAUCUACAGCUACAACCGGAGAGUCCUUGUCAGCAGACACAUGUCAGAGCUGAAGUUCGUGGAACACGGCGAAGGAUUGGCCAGGAACCUCACCUCGCUCCGAGCACGGUCGACCCGGCUGUCGCUGCAACUCAAGGAGCUGCACAGCAACGUCCAGAAACAAAUGCAGGACUUGUAUCGAACAGAGGUGGACGUUGACAUGCAGCUGCGAGCCUGCCGCGGGUCCUGUAGGUUGGCGUUACCGUUCAGCGCAGAUCAUCCUGGAUAUCAAGCACUUCAAGCAGACAUGGAUCACAUGCAAAAGACUCUCGAGCAGAGACAGAAGGCGGCUUCGCCUCCUGAACACGUCCCACAUGUGAAGCUGCAGCCUAUAAGCGUUGGCCCAGCGCCGCCCGCAGAGUACAAGACCAUCCCGACGGUCCAGAGAGAACUGUUGACCCAGUUCGAAGACAUCGUGCAGCACCGGCUGGUGCUGGAGGAGCUUGAUCCUGCAGAGCAAUGAAAGAGCAGGCAGCUCAGACAGUCCAGUGGAAGUAAAGAACGGUGUUUCUUUUCCUCUUCAACAGCACUUUGUAACUUGGUUUUAAACCUAUUCAAAUAAACACGAUCACUUGUUCAUUUUUAACACCACGCUCACACUUCAUGUUGCACGUAAAUAAAGUCCGUCUGUCCGCCUGCUUCCAAUGUUCUGAGGAAACCAUCAUCAGUUGUCCUCAGCAGCAGAGACACUCAGCAGGUUAUCAUCUAGUCCAGGGGUUCUCAACCUUUGAGGGGCCAGCGCCCCCCAUACAUUAUCCAGGUCCCUCACCCCCCAUCAAAUAAAAUGUAGGCUAAUU